AUGCCUUACGGAAAAACGGACGAGCUGGCCAUCAACACCAUUCGCACCCUUGCGGUCGAUGCCACAUUUGCGGCCAACUCUGGUCACCCGGGCGCCCCCAUGGGCAUGGCCCCGGUGGCCCACGUUCUCUUCAACAAGUUCAUGACUUUCAACCCAAAGAACCCCGAAUGGGUCAACCGCGAUCGAUUCGUUCUUUCAAACGGUCACGGAUGCAUGCUUCAAUAUGCUCUGCUUCACCUCUUCGGCUACGCUUUGAGCAUCGACGACCUCAAGAACUUCCGUCAAGUCGACAGCAUUACUCCCGGCCACCCCGAGUCUCACGACACCCCUGGCAUUGAAGUCACCACUGGCCCUCUCGGCCAGGGUUUCGCCAAUGCUGUUGGUCUUGCUAUUGCUCAGGCGCACACCGCGGCUGUUUUCAACAAGCCUGGCUAUGAAUUGAUCAACAACCACACAUAUAUGUUCUUUGGCGAUGGUUGCGCUAUGGAGGGUAUUGCUAGCGAAGCUGCAUCCACGGCUGGCCACUUGCAGCUCGGUAACUUGAUCGCCAUUUACGACGACAACAAGAUCUCCAUUGACGGUGACACCAAGUGUGCAUUCACCGAGGAUGUUACCAAGCGCUUCGAGUCCUACGGCUGGCAUACUCUGCACGUCGAGAAGGGUGACGAUGAUCUUCAGGCUAUUGAGGAAGCCAUUGCGAAGGCUAAGGAGGUCAAAGACAAGCCCACGAUGAUCAAGCUUACCACCACCAUUGGCUUUGGCUCCAAACUCCAGGGAACCGGUGGCGUUCACGGUAACCCCCUCAAGGCCGACGAUAUCAAGCAAGUCAAGGAAAAGUUUGGUUUCGAUCCUGAGAAGACGUUUGUCGUGCCUCAAGAGGUCACUGACAUGUAUCACAAACACGCAGCCGACGGUGCCGCCGCUGAGCAAGAGUGGAACAAACUCUUUGAGAAGUAUGGACAGGAACACAAGGAUCUCCACGCUGAUCUGUCGCGCCGAUUGAGGGGCGAUCUUCCGGAAGGAUGGCAGAACAAGCUCCCCACAUAUAAGCCCACAGACUCGGCGAUUGCAUCCCGAAAACUAUCCGAGAGCGUACUGGAGGCCAUCUACGAAGCUGUUCCAGAACUGCUUUCGGGUUCCGCAGAUUUGACAGGUUCCAACAACACUCGCUGGAAGAAGGCUGUUGAUUUCCAGCCGCCCAACACUGGCAUUGGUGAGUGGUCUGGUCGAUACCUCAGAUAUGGUGUCCGCGAGCAUGCCAUGGCUGCCAUCAUGAACGGCUUGUCCGCAUAUGGUACCAUCAUCCCAGCGGGUGGAACCUUCCUUAACUUUGUCUCCUACGCUGCUGGCGCCGUCCGCCUGUCCUCGCUGUCCCGCCAACGCGUCAUCUACGUGGCCACUCACGAUUCCAUUGGUCUUGGUGAAGACGGCCCGACCCAUCAGCCCAUCGAGACGCUUGCUCACUUCCGUGCUUUGCCCAAUAUGAUGGUCUGGCGUCCUGCCGAUGGAAACGAGACCUCGGCUGCGUACUACAUGGCCCUCACAUCCAAGCACACACCCUCCAUCCUGGCACUUACCCGUCAGAACCUGCCCCAACUUGAGGGCUCUACACUUGAAAAGGGCAUCAAGGGUGGUUAUGUAGCACUUGAGGCCGAAAACGCCGACGUCACCCUGGUUUCUACCGGUUCCGAAGUAUCGCUCUGCUUGGAGGCUGUCAAGACUCUUAAGGAGCAGGGCAAGACUGCUCGUGUGGUGUCUCUUCCUUGCGUCGAGGUAUUCGAUGCCCAAGACAAGGAUUACAGGCUGUCAGUCAUUCCCGACGGCAUCCCUACCAUGAGCGUCGAGGUCAUGUCGACCCUCGGCUGGGAGAAAUAUUCACACGAACAAUUCGGACUCAACCGCUUCGGUGCCUCGGGACCAUACAAGGAUGUCUACAAGAAAUUCGAGUUCACCCCCGAAGGUAUCACCAAGCGUGCUCUGGCUACCAUUGACUUCUACAAGGACGUCAAGCCCCUCCGCUCACCUCUCAACCGUGCCUUCACACAGCUCAUCUAA